CUUGGCUAAAACACUAAAUUCUCGCGAGUUAAUCUGGGUAAAAAAAAAAAAAAAACAAAACAAAAAAAUGGCAGCUCCCUUAGUGAGAAACUGCUUUAAGCUUGGAAGAAAUGUUGUUAGACCAUGGAGCCUGGCGUCUGCUUGGAAAGUACAGUCAUCUGUAACCAGGUCUAUCACAUCAGAAGCAGCAGCAACAGAACAUGCCAGUGCAAACGGUGUCCUUUACGCUCCCCUUCAAACUUUCACCGAAGAAGAGUCAAUGAUGAAGGAAGCAGUUAAGAAGUUUGCCCAAGAGCGCAUUGCUCCAUUAGUGUCGAAAAUGGACGAGGACUCGCGUAUGGACGAGUCAGUUAUACUCGGGCUAUUUGAACAAGGGCUGAUGGGCAUUGAGAUCUCAGAGCAGUACGGAGGGACUGGCUCCACUUUCUUCUCUUCCAUCCUGGUCAUCGAGGAGCUGGCUAAAGUGGACCCAUCAGUGGCAGUGCUGUGCGAUAUCCAGAACACUCUCAUCAACACCCUGUUCAGAGACCAUGGGACUGAGGAGCAGAAGCAGUGUUAUCUCACCAGACUGGCCAACGACAUGAUAGGGAGUUUCUGCCUUUCAGAGGCACAGUCUGGCAGCGAUGCUUUUUCAUUGAAAACCCGAGCUGACAAGCACAAGGACUACUACACCAUCAACGGGUCCAAGCUGUGGAUUAGCAAUGCGGAGCAGGCUGGCGUGUUCCUGGUUAUGGCUAACAUAAACCCUUCUGCUGGUUACAAGGGGAUCACCUGCUUCAUCGUGGACAGAGACACAGAGGGGCUUCACAUCGGGAAGAAGGAAAACAAGCUGGGCCUCAGAGCAUCGUCAACCUGCCCCCUGACCUUUGACAAUGUUAAGGUUCCAGAGAAGAAUAUCUUGGGGCAGUUAGGCCAAGGAUACAAGUAUGCAAUCGGAAUGCUGAAUGAGGGGAGGAUUGGAAUUGCUGCCCAGAUGCUGGGCUUGGCUCAGGGCUGCUUUGACAACACCAUUCCAUACACCAAGCAGAGAGUGCAGUUUGGGAAAAGGAUCUUUGACUUUCAGGGCAUGCAGCAUCAAAUAGCCCACGUGGCUACCCAGCUGGAGGCAGCGAGGCUGCUAACGUACAACGCAGCACGCUUGAGAGAGACUGGGAGACCCUUCAUCAAAGAGGCCUGCAUGGCUAAAUACUUUGCUGCAGAGGUCGCAACCUUGACAAGCUCUAAAUGUAUUGAGUGGAUGGGAGGGGUUGGAUUUACUAAAGAUUAUCCCAUUGAAAAAUACUACAGAGACUGCAAAAUAGGCACAAUUUAUGAAGGGACAACAAACAUACAGCUUACAACAAUGGCAAAGGUCAUCGACCAGGAAUACGAAGCCUGAGCUACAUAAUAUAUAGAGAAGCAUUAGAACAGCCCAGUACAGAAGCAACAUAACUAAGAGCCUUUCAGAAUAAAAUCAAAUGUCAUAACAUAGUAAGAGAAAUGUAAAAAAUAAUUUGAAAAUACUUACUUGUUGUGAGAUCUGUUGCAUAAUGUUUCUAUAUAAACAGUAUAUUGUGAUUAAGAAUGUUCUGUAAUCUGCUUUGUUAAUGUUUAUAGAUGUAUUGAAUGUUAUCCUUUAUUUAUUAGUUACUGUUGUGCCAUUGUUAUCGAAUUAUGGUACAUCAUAGCACUGUAGUAUUACAAUCAACGUAAAUACAACUUUAUUGCUGACUGCAAUACCAAAGUCCCGCGUAUUAAAUUAACAGCAGAUUCCUGCAGUAAGUAUAAUGUAAGUUAAGGAGAGUAACUGAAACUCGGAAGGAAUGCAUUGCCUUAAACUCAGUUACUGGAGGCAUCUCCAAUUGACGAGAUGAAACGUGUCAUUUCCAAUUCACACUUGAUUUAACUCUGUGUUACUGACAAUGGAGACUUGUUUCUUUUAGCUGAACCAACCCAUAUCAUGUUUUAAUAUGUAACUAAACGGAAUAUGCCUUGCAUUUAUAUUUAAUGACGUAGUGGAAGAACUGGGAACAAGCUGAGGCACAGCUGUUCAUUCUUCUUUGUAUUUCAGCGCCUGUUACUCAAACUGUAAACAUGAUCUCUUGCUGCGUUGAUAGGAUGGUAAUGCUUCUGGUAUAUACUGGGUAUUUAUACAAUUCAGUAAAGUGGUGUUCUAAUAAAGGGUGUUAAAGUG